GGUUUUUCUCAAAAAGAAUGGAGGAAGAACAAAGGCAGGCCCGCUUGCGGGAGAGUCAGUACGCAGCGUUGGACGCUAUGAACAGCCUCCCUGGUCCCUUUUUCAUUCUCCUUGUUUCUCCUUGUUCUUUCCCGGCCUCCCUGUAGCUCCUACUCUCUUCCUUGGUGUCCUGCCAUUUCCUUUAGUCAGUGGCAACUGUUCGGGCUACAUUUUGAAAACACUCCUUCCUUGUAAAACUUUCUGAAGUUUAAUGGAAGGUGCAAGAGCUUUAGAACAGCCAGACCUGAGUUUCAGAUCUUGGACUAGCUACGAAUAAUUUGUGACUUUGGUGGAGACGGGGUUUCGCCAUAUUGGCCAGGCAGGUCUCAAACUCCUGACUUCAAAUGAUCUGCCCACCUCGGCUUCCCUAAGUGCUGGGAUUACAGGCAUGCAAUGGAAGAACUAUUUUACCCUAUAAACUCUGGGCCAUCAUUCAAGGAAAAGCCUGUAGAAGACCACAGUCAGAUAUUGAGUUUUGAUUCAUCAUGGAUAAUCUGUCAUCAGAAGAAAUUCAACAGAGAGCUCACCAGAUUACUGAUGAGUCUCUGGAAAGUACGAGGAGAAUCCUGGGUUUAGCCAUUGAGUCUCAGGAUGCAGGAAUCAAGACCAUCACUAUGCUGGAUGAACAAAAGGAACAACUAAACCGCAUAGAAGAAGGCUUGGACCAAAUAAAUAAGGACAUGAGAGAGACAGAGAAGACUUUAACAGAACUCAACAAAUGCUGUGGCCUUUGUGUCUGCCCAUGUAAUAGAACAAAGAACUUUGAGUCUGGCAAGGCUUAUAAGACAACAUGGGGAGAUGGUGGAGAAAACUCACCUUGCAAUGUAGUAUCUAAACAGCCAGGCCCGGUGACAAAUGGUCAGCUUCAGCAACCAACAACAGGAGCAGCCAGUGGUGGAUACAUUAAACGCAUAACUAAUGAUGCCAGAGAAGAUGAAAUGGAAGAGAACCUGACUCAAGUGGGCAGUAUCCUGGGAAAUCUAAAAGACAUGGCCCUGAACAUAGGCAAUGAGAUUGAUGCUCAAAAUCCACAAAUAAAACGAAUCACAGACAAGGCUGACACCAACAGAGAUCGUAUUGAUAUUGCCAAUGCCAGAGCAAAGAAACUCAUUGACAGCUAAAGCUACUGCUGUUCUUCUUUAUCAUUUAUUCACUUCCGUAGCUCCUCCUUGAAAGUUAUUACCUUUUCAGAGUUUAAGUUUUCGGUUCCACGCUCUUCUAAUUGGGAGAUAAUAUGGAAGAAGGGCCAGAGCAGUUACAGCCCUCCUUCUUUUUUGUUUUCUGUUGAGGGCCGACUGCUGCUCUGCCUUCCUUCUAGUAUUUUCUUUCUCAAUUCAUACGCUUAGAUUGGUUUUCAUAUGUCAUGUUUAGUGUUUUCAUCCUCCUCAUAAACUUCAGCAGGUUCUUUUGCUUUCAAGAUUUGGAAGCAUUGCCAAAGACAGCCAUGAAGAAGGAAGCUGUAGAGGUGUUUUUUGUUGUUGUUUAUUUUUGCUUUUGUGGUUGAGGGAAGGACAAGAGAUAAGAGGUUGUUACCUCAGUAAAAACCUUCAGGCCACAAAGCAAAAAGUUGCAUAGCCACAGCGAAGAUCUAGUUGGAUAUAGUUUUUGAUUUAAGUUGCAGUUAUAGCCAAUUUAGGCUAAUGCUUGGUUUUGGAGCUUUUAUACACAACGUUUUUGUUAGGCAUCACAGUUUUGCAACCUCUGCUCCAAAGAGAAAAAUAGAAUGAGUUUUCUUUCUUUCUUUUUUUUUUUUUUGGAGUCAGAGUCUCGCUUUCUUGUCCAGGCUGGAGUGCAAUAGCGCGAUCUGGGCUCACUGCAACCUCCGCCUCCCUGGUUCAAGCAAUUCUCCUGCCUUGCCUCCUGAGUAGCUGGGAUUACAGGCGUGUGUCACCACGCUCGGCUAAUUUUUGUAUUUGUAGUAGAGACAGGGUUUCACCAUGUCAAGCUGGUCUUGGACUCCUGACGUCGUGAUCCACCCGCGUUGGCCUCCCAAAGUACUGGGAUUACAGGCGUGAGCCACUGUGCCCGGCUGAGUUUUCUUAAAGUGAGCUUAAUUUCUGAACUCUUAGCGAUUCAUAUAUGUACAUAAAUCUGUGAUCCCAUUUCUUAUUGCACCAUUCAGGAACACUUUAUAUAAAUGAGUGGCUUUUUAUUUCAUAUUAUUAGUAGUAUCAUGGUUCCAUUACAGGCCUAUUAACGUCAUACAUUGUCAUUAGUCUUUGAAGAAAAAAUAUGUAAAUAUAUAUGUGUAACAUGAGAAUUUCUCUCUAAAGCAGGGCUUAAAAUUUUUUGGAAAAGUUUGACAAAGUAUACCACAUGAAUUCAGAUUUACCUCAAUGCUAAGAAUUAUGUUUAGUUAGGAAAAAGGAAAGUCAUUUUGACCUCAGGUAGAAAAAUAGAUUGCUUUGAGUUUUAUGUAGCUUUAGACUUUAAAAAGUUAGAAUUUAUUCUGUAACUAAAAAUUAUUUGAAAAAAUUAUGCCUCUGGUUUAAUUAUUGGUGAUUAUACACUGUCUUUCUCUUACCCUUGUGUAUUGAACUAUGUCCAUAAUCAAGUUGAUGUGGAUCCUGAAAAGUGUUAUGAACAUCUGAUUGGUAUUUGUCACAUUUAUUUUAAAAUUAGCAUCUGAACACUUCAAAGCUGUCAGUGUGUAUUGGUUUCACCAAUAACCACUGCUUGAUCCUUACAAUUAAAUUUUUUAACUAAC